AUGUUUAAAGAAGUGGACCAAAGUAUACCAAAGUCACUCCUGUACCACUCAUACCAUUUAUCGCGAUCUCCAUUUCAUACCUCCCAGAUUCGUCCCGUUCCGGAAACCGGACAAAGAACACCCAGACCACGUGGGUCACCGCUUUCUCUACCGUGGCAGGUCUUCGAGACCGCGAUUCGCUUUGGCCUCAUCACGGAAGAAUCAGGCCAUCCUGCCUUCCAUGGCUUCGCUUUCAUGCCAGACUUGAACCACCUGCUUUGGCGCGCAGAAGGAACACGGCAGUUUCUUCAUUUGGUCUUUACCUUGUUCUGCGGUGGCGUUCAGCGACAGUGCGAAGCCUACAUGGGACCUGGAGAAGAAGAUAUCCUUGACCAACAUUUGGGUUAUUUUCAACCGUGGCACGUGGCCCCAUUCUGGGUGCACAUGCCAACACACUUCGAGGGGCUACGCCAGAGCGUGAAUUUGGAGCUGCGCUCAGGGUCCAUCGAAAAGCCCUGCAGCAGAUGGCAUUGCGUCCAGGCCAUUGACGCGGAGUGGAACGAACAUCUACAAAGUACAGACUUUCAUCGUGUGAUCUACAAUGCUGAGAAUCCCUUCGCCACGUUGCCCUUCGAAAAGCAAGUCUUCCAAGGUGCCAUUGCCCUCAUUCGCCAGGGCGGUGGUUGCGGCUUCGCCUACAAAGCCUGUGCUGCCCGGGCAGCGGGUGCAGUGGGCUGCAUCAUCUGGAGCUCCGAAUCGCUGGACCUCCUCCAAGGGCCGAUGGUUCGCACCUUCCAGGGCCGAACAAGUCCCGAUCCCGAAAUCCCAUGUGUUCUGGUCUCAGAAGAUGCUGGAAGGCGGAUCUUUGCAGCUCUUCAAGGAGGACCUUUGUACGUCAAGAUCCACAUCGAGCGCAAUGAGUCAUUCCAGGCCUUCCGGAGAAACGUCGCCCUUGGGCAUCGCGUCCGCAUGGCGUUCCUGGCGGAAAGCAUCAUCGCCAAGCCUGGGAUGGGAGUGGUCGACUUCCAGGAAUAUUUCUUCCGAAACAUGUGA